AUGGAUCGGGAUGGAGUUAGUGGCGGCGGCGAGGCUCCGGCGCGGCGGUACAAGGGCGUGCGGCUGCGGAAGUGGGGGCGGUGGGUGUCGGAGAUCCGGAUGCCCAACAGCCGCGAGAGGAUAUGGCUGGGCUCGUACGAGUCGGCCGAGAAGGCGGCGCGGGCGUUCGACGCGGCCGCCGUCUGCCUCCGGGGCUCGCGCGGCGCCGGCUCGCUCAACUUCCCGGAGUCCCCGCCCGACGUCCGCUACUUCCCCGGCGCCGUGCUGACGGUCGAGCAGAUCCAGGCCGAGGCGGCGAGGCACGCGAACAGCCUGGAUAGAGAAUGGGAUAGAUUAGCUGUUGAGGAUGCUCUUAACACACGGGGUUUCAAGACAUGGAAAGCGAUUCAUGAACACACAGAUGUGAAUCCCCUCCAUGCAUGUACAGUACAAACCAUGGCAAAUACCAAAUAG